AUGCCGCUGCUUUGGGGUGAGGGCGGAGGACAAUCCAUCGAGCUUGAGAGCGACUUGUUUUCACAGGAACAGGAAGCAGAUUCGCCUGGCAGCUAUUGUCCCAGUCCGGCAUCCAAAAGCCAUGGGACCAGCAUGAGUCGGACGGUGAGCCCCUCCUUUGCGGCAGGCAUUCUUAGAUCACGGCGGGUAUCUGUGGACUUGAAUCAGUCAGUACCCAACACAGAUGGUGAAGUCAUCGACUUCCUCGAGAGACGACGCAUGGUUGCUUUGGGAACCUUCAUACUCAGAAUGUGGCAGAGAAGCGUCUUGACGGGAGAUGUGGUCGCUCCCGCCCGUGCAGAGCUGAAGUUGAUCACGCAGGUACUGCAGCUCCCGGAUCCUGACGAGACAGCCGCUGUAAGCGAUUGCCGGUUCCUGAUCAUGACGGAGGAGCUCGCAGCCGUGAUUGCCCGCACGGUGACCAUGGAGAAGAAGAGCCUGCCUGCAGCGGCUGGGGGAUGGCUGCAGACACCGAAAGAUCGCUUCAAAGAAUGGGCAUCCUACUUUGUAGAGGUGUCGACGGGCUGCCGCACGAUGCAAAGGGAGGUGAGGGCCUGGGUGUCCCGGAACCAGCUCAUCAACAACGGAUCCAUUCCAGAAACGCCGCGCGAAGCAACCUUUGAGCACAGAGUGAGGAUUGUCGACUUCUGGUAUGAGUAUCACAAGGACGCAUGGAACACCUUGCCCUUGAGAAGCAACAUUGGCAGGAGCCACUCGGGAGCACCUUCUGGCAAGGGUCAGAAGGCCUCCACCACCAUCCCUUACGGUACCACCUUGUCGCGGCAGCCAUCACUGCGACGGACACUGACAAAGUCUGAUUCAGCUUUGAAGCUCUCCAAAUCGGGCAGCGCACAACUUCUCAAGCUGCCCUCUGUCAGCAAUCCGGCUCGGGAGCGGUAUCUCAAGCAAUGCAAUGGCCGCACGAUGACUCCCUUGCCCAUUCCCUUCAUGAUUGGGGAAACGCGAGAUCUGGAUUUGGCUCGCCUUGGCUUGAGCGAUGUGGAGCUCAUGGCUAUCGCGGACACGUUGCCCACAGUCGACGCCGUGCGGAAGGUGGACUUGCAUGGCAAUGCCCUCCUCAGCGACCGCUCCUUGGGACAGCUCCUGCGCAGCUUACAGAUCCCGAGGCUCGCUUCCAGCUUGCUGGACUUGAGCCUCAGCGGCUGCUCCCGGGCUGGAUCCCAAAGUCUCGCUUGCAUCAUUUCUUUACUCAACGACGCCUCCUACCUUCAGCGGCUUGAUCUGAGCCAUGUAGAGGUGCACCACCGCUACCAACUGCCAUUGUGCGAUGCCAUCAGUGAGAAAGAGACCCUGACUUAUGUCAACCUCAGCAGAACAUCCUUGGGGAAUGGACCCAUUGACCACGGCUGCCAGUGCAUCGCCACACUGCUUCAGGGCCAUGUUCAGGAGCUCGAUCUGAGCUGGAACCACAUGACUUCCCAGCUUUUCAGCUGCCUGGGCGAGAAUUUGGCGAAGCGCGCAGUAGUGAAGAAGCUCAACGUCUGCAAUUGCUCGGGCGCUGGGAUUGACAACUUCUCCGUGCCAGUAAAUUUCUUGCUGGAGCAACUCCAGAAAGACAGCGCCCUGACGUCCCUCGACCUCUCCAUGAGCAGAAUGAACUUUCGCUCUGCCCUCAUCCUGGAGGAUGCUCUGCAGAAUCAUAAGCAGCUCAAGCACUUGCAUCUGGCCGACAACCCCUUGGGGCCUCGUGGCCUCAGGUCAGUUCUCAGGGCUGUCGCAUCAACAACGAACGCGAUACUCUUCUAUGAUACAUCUGGCUGCUAUGGUGGCGAGGUGCCAGCUGAUCACGAUCAUGAAGUGUUUGCAAUGAGCAACCUUCCCGGCUCCGGGUCCUACAGCCUGCAAUUGCAUCGCCCGUAUCACAGAUCCUUGCUGCGCAUGCUGUACAAGUCUGCCGAAGGGUUUCGAUUGGCACCUUCGGAGGUGUUGACGGUCGUAAGCUCUACGGGCGACUUUGUCCACGGGACGAAGAAAGCAGGUCUGUGGGAAGUGCCAAGCAGUGGCGAGGUGACAUUGAGCUUCAACUUGGAGCGUUGCUUCGAGUCGCCCUUGUUCAAGGAUGUGGACUCGGACUUUAGCCUUGUAAUCAACCGGUUCUACAGCCUCUCACGCUUUCAUCUUGACUCCAAGAAGGCCGCGGCGGUUUUUGGCCGAUUUGUGGAACUGGAUGGUUUCCAGCAUUCGCAAGCUUCGCUUCUGAAGGCACUGAGUUUCGACUUUGUUCUCACCAUCAAGCACCUGAAAGUGCUGGCGGAGACAUCGCAGCUCUUCAGGGCACCUUGCAUCAUGAACUUGCUUCCCUCGGUUCUGCGUGAAGCCGGUUCGUACUAUGUGGCGCAAGGAAUGUACGCCACCACGCUGGAUUGCGUCACGUGUCGCUUGAAGCUCAAACAGCUCCUCCGCUUCACCGUGCGAAACCCAACGGGCCACUACACUUUGGCUUUGGACAAUCGAGCAGAUUUCGCUGUGGCGGAGCAGCUUGCUCUUCUUGACAAGUGGGAGAUCAUGAUGGACAAGCGGCUUGGGAGAGAAGAUAUCUCAGCUGAGUGCAACCGCUCUCACGCGCGGAAUGCCUUCUAUCAGGGCAAGCCGAUUCAGAGCUCCACGCUGGCAUUUGCAGACUGGAAGCGUCCGGGCCAUGACAAGCUGGAGCUGGAUUAUGUCAGCUCGCAAGGACCUCCGAAAGGUGAGCAGGCCAUCACUUGGGCAUCCUUCCAGCAGAUUCUAGAGGCUGUUCACCAACCAGCCUGUUCUGCCCAUGUCAAAGUCGCCGCCUUGCGGAGCCAAGCGCAGCAUUUCUGCAUCGAAUCCAGGCAGCUUCGUGUGCUGGUGGGGACUUUUGCAGAACCCUCAGACAGAAUAGAGAUCUUCGUCCUCUUCUUCAAUCGGCUUGUCGACCCCCAAAAUGCCAAGAUGUAUCGAGCCCAGCUCGAAGACUUUUCGGAUGUGCUGGCCCUGAGACGCAGACUUGGCUUUGCGAGAACCUUCCCGUACAUUCAGCCUGAGUUUGAGCAAUUCCAGUUGAACCUCGGCUUGCACGACGAGCGAGUCUGCAUGACCGCUUUACUGGCCUUGUCUGGUCGAGAGAACGCAGGCAACAUUCGCCAUCCUUUGUACAUCUUACCAGAUGGGACGGUUGAUCCCCUGAAGAUGGGGAUACCUCGCAGCUGGGAGUUUCUUGAUCGUGUUCCACAAGGUGGCACCUUCAAGUGCAGCUAUGUGUGCGCGCCGGGGCAACGAAAUUUCGAGCUCCGCAAGCAGCUGUGCAAGUCUUAUCACUUUUCGGAUGUCAAGGAGGCUGCUGUGAGCUGGUGGACCAACAUGAUCGAGGUUCCUACAGAGGUUAUCGAUUUGGUGCUGAUGCUGAAGCAGAGUGCGCUGGACCUGAACAAGGCGUUUGAUUCGAUCGAUGGCUUUGACGGAAACGGCGAGAUUGGACUGGGGAAGCUUCAACAGGGACUGGAAGAUCUUGGCUGGCGCAAGUUUAGGAACCCAUCCUCGGAUCACGAUAUGAAGGAGCAAAUGCUGGCAAUCUUUCGAUGUCUGAACGCUUCUGGGCAUGGCACGCUUUCAAGAAGCGACUGGAACAUACUCCAGCAGCUGACGAAGGAUGUUGACCAUGCCAUCGCGGAGUGCGUGCAGUACUUGAUGCGCAUAUAUGGCUCCCUUGCCGAUGCCUGGAGUGCGCUGGACAUCGACCUCCAAGACAGCCUGGGCCGGACUGCGUGGUUCGAAUCACUCCGGCGGCUUCGCUACUUCGGGCCCAGUGAGAUCGUCUUUCGGUUUCUCACGGCAUCGGAUGCUGCACGGUCGCGGACAAUAACCUGGGAGAAGUUUUGCAGGCUUGAAAAGUUCAUCGGCUAUGGGCUGGCGUAA